AUGCUAAGUUACGUGGCUUUAUACUCAGUUCAACUACAGCCAUCUUUGAUCUUUCCGCGCCUUAAGCCGCUCCUUUUGGAAAUGUUGAGGGACAUUGGCGACGAUCUUCUUCCCAAGUCACGGAACAUGGAUUAUCCCGGGUACAUUGAAGCCCAUGGUAAGAGCGAGGCUGUUGCGGAGGAGCUCCUUCGCUCUGUGGUGCCAGAAAUUGUCAAGCUUGAAGGCCAAGAAGUUACAAUGGAAAUUCUACGGAACAUUCAAACCCAACAAGAUAGCGAUAAAGACUGGACUGCCGCGAUGGGAUAUUUGGACUUCAUCACCGAUAACCGAGACUGGGAAUGGUAUCGACUCUACGUUGGACAGUGCAUAAACUCCUUGCGUCGAAUUAUCAACGGACAUGCACAGCAAAUCCUGAAAGCUGAAUAUGGAUCGUUGCAUCAUUUCAUGGUCUGGCUUGGAAAUGGCAGUCAAUCUGCUAAUUUUAUUCGACUCUGGAUGAUCGAGGAUGAAGAGGAAACAGAAAAACCCAAAGAUGCCAAGGAGGAAGAAUGGAAACAGAUGAAAAUGAAUAUUCUGGAGGCACUCUUUUGUAAAGCCUUCUCGACCCAUCACGGUACCGUCGACCCACAUGCGGGAACCAGGGGAGCAGACAACAAGAUCAUUACCCCAGACCAGCAGAUCUCACUCUGGCUUGAACACUUUCGACCUCAGAAAGAGCACAGGCUGGCACGGAUUACAAAGAAGGUUUUAGCAGCCCCUCGCCAAAGAUUUCGACGUGAUUUCCAAGAUUUUCUUCAAGAUGCUUUGCAAGACGAAGAGCUUUUUGAAGAAUUGAAGGUUACAGAUCUCCAGCAUGCCGAAUUUUUGACAGACCCAUCCCUUGUUCAGAUGCCAUUCUUCGGGAACCAAAAGGCAAAAGUCGGAUUUAUACUCGACUACGCUGCUGUCAGCCCAGAAGAAGACACAUUGCCAGAGAUCCCGGAUGAUGAUGGUCUUGCCGUUGCGCUUCCACCAUCCUUGGGAGCUUGCAACUGCAAAGAAUCUAACGUCCUAGUCUGGACGUUCAACUUCCGCAAAUUCGUGCCUCUGGCCUCACAGACAAUAACCCUUACCCAAGCCGAAGAACGUGAGCUCUGCAUGAAGCAUUAUGAGCUUAUCAAUAGCAGUCAAGCAAGAAUAAUAUUCCUCUGUGGACACCGGGCGGAAAAGACCAUGCGACUGAGGCCCCAACUGGCAGGAGAGAAGUCUCCUUCCGGCCAUUUGAAACGUUUUGUCUUGAAACUUCGAGGAUUCCCACUUUCUCCGAUCAACACACAACACUUGUCCUCACUCCGUUUAGAACCCACUCUACUACACACAGAAUUCAUCAUCCUAGCCCCUUAUAGUCUAGAAAGCAGUUUCAAAUGUGUAUAG